ACAAAAACAAUUUCCAUAUAAAAAGUUUACAAUAUUUGUGCAUAGAUUUUGCAGAACAAGUUUAAAAUUUAAUUUUUAAAUAAAAUUUAGACAACAAAUAGAUAUCAGUUUCUUAGGGGUUUAUUAACGAAAAAGUUAGUUGGCAGCACCGAACUUACAUACCUAGUUUCAUUUCAUUGUUUUGGCGGCAUUUUUGACAACAUUUAAUAUUUAGUUAAAUUUCGGGGUAUAUUUUUAUUUUAAAAAUGGAAAGCUUUCAAGAUACUGGUGUUCACGUAUAUUUUGUCUAUAAAAAAAAACCUUUGGAAGCAAAUAUUACUGAAGUUAUGAACUCAGCUUUUACAUAUUUGCAAAAUUAUAUUGAUAAUAAACAAAUAACUUGGAUACUUGAAAAAGAUGUUGUCGAAUUUGUGGAGAAAGAAGUUCUGACCAAAAAACAUAUUUUUGUAUUGCAGGCUUUUGAGGGGGAGGUUUUUGAAAAACUGCAAACUACAGCCGCGCUUGUAAUUGGUCCUCGAUGUUUAUUAUCAUGCAUACUCGAUGAUUUAUCUGUACCAUUAGGAACUUCUCCUAUUUUUGCAACAUCAAUGAGAGACAUGUCAAUUUGCAUAUCUGGUUUAAAGGACAGUGAAAAGCAAAAUUUAAGAACACUAAUAUCAUAUAUGGGAGGACAUUAUAUAAAAGAUUUGAGAAGAACAGAUAACUUGUAUCUUGUUUCUAAUACAAUUAAGUCAACGAAAUAUGAACAAGCAACUUUAAAUUCAAUCCCAGUUAUGUUACCCGAAUGGGUAACUGCAGUCUGGGAGAAAAGCAAGAAUGAAAGCAUUUCAGCUACAGAUGCACAUUUCGAUAAAUACAAGUUACCAAUUUUUUAUGCAGUUAAUAUAACCACAACAGGUCUUUCAGGAGAAAUUCGAGACAAAAUAAUGAAGUUGGUUACUGAUAAUGGCGGAAUCUUUCAAAGAACUUUCAAAUCAACGCAAACUGAUAUAUUGCUUACUGUGCGAGAGUGUGCCCAUUCUGAGAAAUUCAAAGCAGCAGUAAAAUGCAAAAAAGAUGUUCUGAAGCCGGAUUGGGUUUUCGAUAGCGUAGCUAAAGGCUAUGCGCUUCCAAUAGUUAAUUAUAGGGUUAAAAGUCUUAAAAUAUCAACACCGACAAAAAUUGAUAACAGUAUACCGGAUUUUGUGGGGAAUUUUACUCAAUUAUCUGAUAUUUCACGUGUAGAAAGUCUGGGGAAUCAGCAUAUAGAGAAUGAAAUGUCAAUUUGCAGUAAUGCAAGCGUAGAAAGCGUGCUUCUUAAUGAUAGAUCAACUAGAGCAAAUCAUGAAGCAAAGAAAACGGCGGCAGCUGAUAAAAAAUUAUACAAGAAAAUUUUAUGUAGCAUAAAUACGCAACAAGCAAAAAGAGCUGGAAAUUUUUUGGAUGGCUGUUCUAUAUUUUUAUGUGGCUUUACUGAUGAAGAAAAAGAUAAAUUAAAUAAGAUAUUGGGCGUUAGUGGCGCAAACUAUUACUCAGAAAUGAAUCACAAAAUAACUCACGUAAUAGUUGGGGAUUUGGGCGAGAGUGAUUUCAAUGAACUAAAUGCUAUGACCACAGAGGCUUCAAUUGUCACGUUGGAUUGGAUAGUUGACUCGAUAAAAGCUAAACAACCAAUUUUAAAUGAUUCAUUGUACCGUCCUAAAUUGCCUAUUCAAAGAGAAUUAGAAGCUCCCUCUCCAAGGAGUAAAAAGUCUUUACAAGUCUUAAACCAUAGUUUUAAAAAACCGGAACUUCCACGGAAAAAGCUUUUCGCAGCUACAGCAACUUCUAAAGAUCAAUACUCCAUAAUUGAUGAAGCAGAAGUAAAUGGCUUAUUAUGUCAUUAUUCACCUGAUAAUGCUUCAUUGCCUCACAUUCCUAAGGAUAAAGUACCUCCGAAAAACAAUGUUUGCAUAUCAAACAUAUCAGGGAGUUCAAAUAAAUCAGAAACAGUUUACAAUAACGAAAAUUUAGAAAUAAAAUUAGAUUGUGGCAAAACUAAAAAUGUUCCAGAAUUAAAUUCUUGUUUUGAAUCAAAUACUCAAGAUCUUAGUAACGUUAAUUUUUUUGAUGGUUUAGCCAUAUAUGUUGACAAAAACUAUGAUCAAGAAUUGUAUUCUCAGAUAGUUUGUGACUGUGAACAGGCUCUUGGAAAACUUGUAAGUGAUAGCUACAGAGAUCAAGUUGAUUAUGUUAUAGUUUCGUAUGAAAUGGCAGUAGAUAUCUCAAAAAUUCCAGUUAGUGCAAAAAAUAUUGUUAAUGGGCUUUGGAUGGAUGAUGCAAUUACUGCAAAUGAACUGGUACCUAUUGAAUACUUCCAUAAACCAAUACCAUUAAGUGCAAAUAAAAAACCACUAAAGGGCAUGGUAAUUGUAGUAAGCUCUUAUGGAGGCUCACAAAGAUGUUUUUUAGAACAAUUAAGUAUUGUGCUUGGGGCUACGUAUAAAGAUACUUAUAUGAAAAAAGAUAAAGCUUUACUUGUUGUACCGUAUCCAGAAGGAAUGAAAUAUAAGGCUGCAAUCAAGUGGGGUUACCCAGCAGUUGUAAGUGAUUGGCUCAUCAAAUGCGCUGAAACGGGAACAAAAGUUGAAAUGGACCCAUAUUUAGUUGGGGAAAGCAAAGUUAAUGACCGACAUUCUUUGCAUAAUGAAAAUAGUAUAAACAGUCUAGGUGAAGAAACACCGACGUCAACAAAAUUCAAAAAAAUAAAACUUUCUACACCUGACCGGUGUCCCCAAAAAAAUAUAAAUGAUGAUAUUUAUGUCACACCUUUACGUCAUAGACGUGUUUCGGAACUAGCAGGUGGACCUCAACAUCAACAAUCUCCUACUGAUGAAAAAAAUUUAGCAGAUGAAAAUUUAAUGCCAAAAAUAUCUUCACCUGUGUCACCUUUUGUUGACGUAUUUGAUGAUUUGGACGCAUAUUUGAGUAAUAUUUCAAAUGAAGAUGUAAGAGAUUGUUGCAAACAAAUAUUACUUAAAGCUAAAAAUACGGAGACCCCGGAAUUGGAGAGAUUGAAAAAGUUUGUAAAAACUCCAGGAGGAAUAGAUUCACCUGGCUCUCCAGUUACAAUUCCAGAUUUUUGUAAAACACCAGAAUUCAGAAAAAGAAUGUUUGAUCUUCUUGAAAAGAGGUGGCACUUAUCAGUAGAAAAACGAAAACCUGAUACACCUCUGAGUGAAAUUAAAAGACGUCUGUGGCGAGAAACUUUACCUGCGGACUUUUUAGCUCAUUUGGAAAGUUUUAGAAAUGAUUCAGAGAUGUCUGCACAAAAAGACCAACUUAGUACAGAAAAUACUUCAGCAGAGGAAAAGUCAAUGACUAAGAAUAAAGAAAUCAACGUUACAAAACCAGUAUUAGAUUCUGAUUUGUUAGAAAAAAAACAUAACAAUAUUAAUGAAGCUUCGCCAGGAGUAAAGCGUUUAAAAGAUUUUAUAAAGACCUGUGAAGAAGAAAAAAAUAACAGCGCUCGUAAAUCAAAUUCAAUAAAAAAUCCUCCAAUAACAAGAGUAAUCACUGAUGAAGAAACUCAAAAUGUUGGUUUACCGCAAAGAUAUGAAUCUGAAAUCAUGUUUAACUCAGAAAGAAUGGUUGGCUGGGGCGAUAACAUGAAUUUUGUUAUAAACAAGAGAAAUCAUUCUGAUGGGAUGGAAUUUAAAGGUGUUCCUCUUUUCAACAUAUCGACAACAGCAGAUUUUGAUAAAACACCUAUUAUUGAUGGAAUUAAAAAAUUAAGGGGGGAAGUUUGCGAAAAUAUAACCAUACAUGACCCGAAAUGUACACAUAUUGUAUGCGAAAGACCAAAUCGAGGUGAAAAAUUACUCAGUAGUGUAGCAUCGGGCAAAUGGAUUUUAUCAGUAAAUUAUGUAAUCGAUAGUGUCAAACAAGGUUACUUCUUGAGUGAGGAAUUGUAUGAAUGGGGCAAUCCGAAAGCAAUAAAUUUACCUGUAUUAAAAUCAGCUGAACAAGCCAUUGCUAACGCCUUUCAUUCUUGGCGUUGCCGAAUUUUUUCAGACUCAUCUAUUAAAGGGGCUUUCACAGGAUUUCGAGUUAUAUUGCAUUUACCGGAAAAAUCACAAAAUUCGUUUGCAAACGUUAUCAAGUCUGGGGAUGGUACUGUUCUUCAAUGUUCUCCACCAUAUGAGGAAGCGAUUAUUCGACAAGCUACACAUUGCUUUGUUGAUCCGAAAAAGACACCUCUGAUGAAAGAGGAUAAACAAAAGCUUUUGGCGACUAAUAUACCAGUGGUAUCGUUUAUGUAUAUUAGUAGUUAUCUAACAAAUGACCCGAAUGUUGAUAUAACUGAAUUUGUUCUAAGUUUAUAAUUUUUAUUAAUAUGGGGGGAGUUUCAUCAAUUUUUAUGUGCUUAAUUUUCAAAUUGAUGUAAUUUAAAAUUGUUCUUCAUUUAUAAACAGAAAAUACUUGUUUUGCUUUAAAAAAUUAAAAUUGAUUCCUAGUUCUAGUUAUAAAAAUUAUUUAGAGCAUAAUAAUAAAACAUUUUAAAAUAGAAAAAAAAUCAUGUUAAUUUACACAUAUGUAUACCUUUAC